AGUGUUGCAUUUGAGGUUCGACAAAUUGAAGCAUCGAGAAACAAUCAUAAAACAUUUGGCAGCAACUUUUCUUAAUUCAUUUAUUUAUUUUGUGUGGUGCAAAAUGUUGUCGCUGCGACGUGUGCAACGUCUGUAUCGCUGUUGUCCCUCGCUGCGUUUCUGCUCCUCGGAGCUGGUGCAUAAGGACACGCUUAUUGAGAAGCUGCGCAAGAGUUUUAUCGAUGAUGAACGACAGAAUUUCGUAGUGCCAACGUUUAAAAAGGCCAUGCUCUAUCCGGACGAGAUAGCCGUAAAGGAUUUCAGCGGAGAGUUCACCCACUUUCAGCUGUACAUCACCGCCAAAAAGCUGGCCAUACAGAUCUCCAAUUUUUGUGGCAGUGCAUCGCAAUCGAAUGUCGCCUUCUUGUGCUCAAACAAUGCGCUGUGGAUAGUCAUCCAAUGGGCUUGCUGGAUAUCCGGACAGGUGGCAGUGCCGCUGGAGCCGAAUCAGGCGGCCGAUGAGCUGAUUGGCCAGGCCACAGAUUGUAAAGCGAAGCUGCUGAUUGGCACACCCGAAUGCGAGGAGAUGACCCAAGAGUUGGCCACCAAAUUGCAAACGGCAAGCAUUGUGCUCGAUCAUGACUUUGUGCCCAGCUCGGAGAGCGUCUCCUCGACGGCCAUGUAUGCCAAGCAGCUGGUCGGCAUGAAGGGCACACUCAUACCGGAGAGCACGCUGCCCAACGAUUACUAUGCCAAUGCGACAGCGAUGCUGCUGUAUACGCCCAGUUCAGCGAAUGGACGCAAUGGAGUGCUGUUGACGCAUAGCAACAUCGAAGCACAGAUGCGUUGUUUGACCGCCAGUUGGCAUCUGAAUGCUGGCGAUUCGAUGCUGCCCAUCAUCUCGAUGCAACGCAUGCAUACCGCCAUCGGAGCGCUGCUUGGCGUGGGCGGCAACAUAUUGUUGCAGCAGAAAUUCGACAGCCACACGGCAUGGAGUUCGCUGCUGGGCAUCAACAGUCCGACGAAGCAGCGUGUCAACAUCUUUGUGGCCAUGCCCAUUAUCUAUAAGCUUCUCAUUGCCGAAUACGAUAAGAUGUUUGCCCAGGACUCCCGCAUGGUCGAGUACAUCAUCAAUCACUGCAGGCAGAAGACACGACUGAUGGCCACCGCCUUUGGCCUGUUGCCCGAGGCGGUGUUUCAUCGCUGGCGCGAGAUUACCGGCCAGAGUAUCUACGAGUAUUACGGCAUGCUGGAGACCGGUCUGGUGAUGGGACCUGCCUUGGAUGAGAACUCCAAUGCCGAGGACUAUCAGCCGGGCACUUUGGGUGCGCCGCUGGUCGGUGUCACAGCGCGUCUGGUGAACAGCGAAGGCGAGCAGCUGGUCAGCUGCAACAGCGCUGGCGAGAUUCCAACUGAGGUGCCUUUGCUGAGCACUGUGAUUGGCGAGCUGGAAAUAUGCGGCAAGCAUCUCUUUUCGCUAAAGUCAAGGCGGUCAGUGGCAGCCAAAACGGAGGAGCAACAGGAACAGCAAUCGGAGGAGCAGCAGCAACCGGUCGAAGCCCAAAAUGAGCAACAGCCUCAAACUGUGGCAAGUCCACAACUGAUCUUCGAACAGGAUGUGCAACAGCAACCUUUGGCAACCCAGCAGCAACCACCAACCUUGAUAGCUACUCAAGAGGCGCCGCAACAGGACUUGCAACAAACAACGACAGCAAAUGAAUUGCAACAGCCAUGCUUAGGAAGCCAACAGGACUUGCCACAGCAGCCGCAACAGCAGCAAGCUGUGGUAAGAGAAGAGGCACCACAAUUGCAGUUGCGUCGAUGGCCACAACGUUCAGUCGAAGAACCGAAAGAUGACACAGAGCAUUUCCUCAAAACCGGCGAUAUUUGUGCCUAUCAAAAUCGCAGCUUUCAUUUUCUAAGCAAGUCGUCGGAUGUGUUCAAUGUGGGCGGCUACAAGAUUUACGGUUCGGAGAUCAAGAAGGCGCUCAUCUCGCAUCCGAGCAUCAAUGAUGUCGCCGUCCUUGGCAUACCCAAUAAGAUGUGGGGCCAUCGCUUAGGUGUCAUCUGCAUAUUGUCCCCCGAUGCCGAGGUCGAUCUCGAGGCAAUCAAAAGCUAUUGCUAUAGCCAGUUGCCGGCACACAAGCGUCCGACGGUCUUCAAGACAAUUGUUGCCAAGUGAUGUCCAAUCAGGUUUAAUCAGCAAUCAAUCACAUUCUAACAUACAUGCUUGUUAAGCAUUCUUCAAAAUACUUCAUUCCCCAUACUCAAGGAUCGUUGUUAUCGAUGACGAUCUAAUUGCGCAAAUUUAUGUGUUUAUCUAUUGUGUUUUCAAUGCAGAUGUGCAAUUGACGAUUGAUUCAAUCUAGUGUAAUCGACGACGUACGAUUAAAUUUUAACAUAUCAAAUGUCGUUAAGCAUUUAACUAUGUUGUGUGUAACAUUCGAUCUGAAAUACAAAUAUACAAACUGUUCGUCAUAUA